GAGCUAACAAGUCUUUGUGAGGAAAGGGAGCGAGAGAGAGAGAGCGAGAGAGAGAGAGAGAGUGAGAGAGAGAGAGAGAAAAGGAAAGGGGGGUGCAGAGCAGAGGAGCUGACAGUAUGAGUAUAGCAUUAGCAAAGUGAGGGUGUAGAAAGAGAACAUACGGUAGGAGAUAGUGACAGAGGCAGAGGUGUUUUCAGUGCUGCACAAUAGUGCCAGAGGCUGCUGGAGAGAGAGAGAGAGAGAGAGAGAGAGAGAGAGGAAAAUAGAGAAAGCAGGCAUCAUGGCAGUGCUCACUGCAUCAUCACGACACAUGGGGAUGUUUGGCUGCUGCUAGUGAACACUGUGUGAUGCAGAGGAGAGAGAGUCGAGGACUUCCUGGAAACCAAAGGCAAGCCAAGGAAUCAGGUGUGACCGGUGGGAGGAGCCACAUGAUGAGUGGAAUUCUGAAGAGGAAACACGAGGAGGGACCCUCUCCUUAUCUCACUCUGCAGGGAUCUGACGAUGAUGAGGUUUCCUGCAGCGACAGUGGCAACAGCAGCGACAGCCUCAACCAUCAAGUCCCAUCUGGACUGCUGGACACCUCUCUCCAGCAGCAGACAAAGCGGUUUCGGGGCCGCAAUGUGCACUUUGAGAGCGUGACAGUCUACUACUUCAAUCGGCGGCAAGGCUUCACCAGCGUGCCCACACAGGGUGGAAGCACCCUGGGGAUGUCACCACGUCACUGCUGGGUGAAGAGCUUCACCCUCAGGGAGUUUGCCAUGGAGCAGAAACGCAGCCACCGGAACAUGCUGAGGCAUCAUCUCAAAGAAGAGAAACUAAACGCCAUCAGACUUAAACUGACCAAGAACGGCACGGUGUCCUCCAUGGAGGCAGACACGCUGACGCUGGACGACAUCUCGGAGGAUGACCUGGACGUGGACAACACUGAAGUGGACGACUACUUCUUCCUGCAGCCUCUGACCACCAGGCGCCGCCGCGCGCUGCUCCGGGCGUCAGGAGUUCGACGCAUCGAUGUGGAGGAAAAGCACGAGCUGCGCGCACUGCGCAUGUCCCGGGAGGAGUGCGGGUGUCGCUGCAGGGGGAUCUGUGACCCGGAGACCUGUGCGUGCAGCCUGGCCGGCAUUAAGUGCCAGGUAAAUGGAAAUGUGGUGGACCGCAUGUCCUUCCCCUGUGGUUGCACCAAAGAAGGCUGCAGCAAUACCACAGGCCGCCUGGAGUUCAACCCCGUCCGGGUUCGUACCCAUUUCCUGCACACCAUCAUGAAGCUGGAGCUGGAGAAGAGCCGCGAGGAGCAGCAGCAGCAUCAGCAACAGCAGCACCAGCAGCAGCCGGAGCAGCAGCUUGUAACCAAUGGCAACGGUUACCAUGGCGACUCCUCCUUGGUCCAGCAGCAGCAGCCGAACCUGCAGUUUCCACUGAUGAGCAGCACAGCGCACAUUCCCAUCGUGCACCUCCAGAACACAGGAGAUACAGAUCCCCAUCUAGAUGAAGAGGAGGAGGAAGAAGAAGAAGAAGAAGAAGAGGAUGAGGAGGAUGAGGAAGAGGAUGAAGAUGAUGAAGCGUAUGAGGAGGACGACGAUGAAGAUGGUAGCAGUGUUUGCAGCGGGCUGUCGGACUGCAGCACGCACAGCUUAGAGACGAUUGACCCGGAGGAAGGAGACGAGGAUGAGGAGGAUGAAGAAGAUGACGAGGAAGAGGAAGAAGAAGAAGAAGAGGAGGUGGAAGAAGACUGGGAUUGUUCUUUGCAUGGCACAAGUCCUCCGCCCUACUCACUUCCACUUCCGUCUGUAUUGAGCUACUCUAAUAAUACCCUCAUGGGCCUCAGUAACCCCUUCCACAGUGGUCAGCCCAUGCAGCACUACCAAAUAGACAGCUCUGUGAAUGAAACUUCUGCUUUUCUAAGCGAAAACACCACCAUCACCCCCACUCUUCCCACAGUAGAUACUGCGUUACAGUCUGACAUGAACACAGAGAUCCACUGCCAAACAGAGCAGCAGAGCAUCCCCUGCCAUUUCCCAAACCCCUCAGAGUCCCUGACCCUCCAAACUUGCUCACAUGCAGACACUCGUGAGAGUAACACUGCCCCUACUGGCGCAUCCGAUGAACAGCCGCUUCCAAUAGACCUCCAGAACAAUCCAGACAAUCAUGACUCACAGACUGAGGCUUUGUCUGGGUCUGCAGAGCAGACAGUGGAGGAAAUAAGGGAGCCUUUAAUGGAUCAACCAGGACUGCACAAGCAGGAAGAUACUGUGCAGGAGGCGGCCAAUCAAAACUCAGACACAUCAUGCUUAGACAGUCAUGUUAUGUGAUGAUUUCAGUGUUUCAGAGAGGUAAUAUUUGGAAAUUUUUCUUCAAGAAUUGUGACCUUCAACCAUCAGAGUUUGAUUUAUUCUUGACAAGUGCACUUCCAAAGGGUUAGAAUAAGUCACAGUGAGUGGGUUUGCUGUGGCUGAUGUUGACACAGAAAGAUCAAAGAGUCGAUCUAAUUUUAGUUCAGUUCGUCUCUGAACCUCUGAGGUUCAGAAAGAGGGAAUAUACAAUAUAUAGUGUCGAUAAAGGUAAAUAAACAGUGUUUUUGUUGUAACUGCAUAUAUAGCAUCAUUUAUGCGCUGUUAUAAAGUUUUAGGUCAUUACCGCAUGUUUUCUGGUUGACGCUGGCAUCUAUGACAAAUCCAUAAGAUUUCGAGGUUCUGGCAACAAGCUUGUGUUGUUUCACUAUUUCCACUGUGCUGCUGUCUCAUUGUUGCUGCUAACUGUUCUUAAAUGCCUGUCUGUAUAGCAUGUGUUCAGUUUACCUAAAACUACUCCAAGGCUUAACUCUGUAAAAUGAUAAUGAUGGCACUGGUAAAACAUUCACACUGAUAGCAACACGGAAAUGUAUCAUGAAUGGAUCUUUUACAGCCAGUACAGUUUCUUAGUGCCACUGUAUUCAUUCCUCACAUUUAAUUUUUGAAAGACUUGGAUGGAUUUUUUUUUUUCUAAAAAGAUGCACAUUCAACUUUCAGGACAGUAGCAUCUCAAUGGAAUGAAAUGUAUUUUUAAUGCCUUUCUUUAAUGUUACAACUUUAAGACAGAAAAGUGCCAAACAUCCAUGUGUUUCUUAGUUAAGAGAAUCUUUUGCCUUUUCAUGGUGUUUAUCAUUUACAGUAAUGUGAUCAGUGUAAUAUAAAUGCAAUCUUUUUUCCGUUUACAGAUAAGUUCAGGCUUGCUUUUAACUGUCUCUCAAUACUGCCAAGGAAUGGGGGCCAAAUAUAUUUCCUGUUUGUUUCAUUCAUUUGGGGGAAAAAAAAAACUGUACAUUUCCAUGAGAGUGUGAUUAAAGUUUUUUAAACAUC